AUGCUUCUUACUCCUGAAAUAUAUUCAUCUUUUCCAGCCCUUAGUCCUGACAACGAUGGUAAGCCUCCUGAAAAACACGUAGGAACUGUGCGACCGUCCCCUUACAGCUGGCCAGAUAGACUGACAACCAGCUGUAACGCCCCUGGACUUGGACAGAGUUGUUUGAACGUGUGAACACUUUUGGCGCGAGGACCUAGGGUGGAGAUGGCGUAGUCGCGUGUCGGUGAAGAUAACCGGUGUCCCUCCCUCUCUCUUCUGCCGAUUCAUUUCCGCCUCGUCGUACCGUAACGUAACGUAUCGUCCGAACCGCUCGCAUCCUUGCUACAUCGGCACUCCCUCGGCCCUUCCCUGCAGUUGCCCCCAGCGCUGCGCUCCCCACCGGGUUACUAGUUGGCAUGUUGGCAUCGUCUCUCCACCCAGACAGGUCAUUCUACAGAUGUAACCGUCCUACCUGUACUAUUAACGAUUAUUGUACGUUUCCCCGUGCAACCUCGUAUUAUUACACUUUAUCUCUUAUUCGACAUGUCUUCUUCAUCUGUGUAUGGAUGUGUAUCAAGGAAUGCUAACAGCUCCGUUCAGGUCUACCCCGGCCAAGAGCCCUUCUCGGCGUUCCCUUACUCCGGUGUGUGCUACCCUUGACGUCCUCGGCCGCUACACAGCAACCAGAGCGCACCGAAAUUUAGCCAACAGGAAAAUCAUUUCAAGGUCAGGCCGAUAUCAAAGUUCUUCAAUUGUCAUGAAGGACAUAUUAUUCAUGCCCCGAAAACUACCAAACUGCAAACUUCAAUUUUUAUAUUGUACAUAUCGUUAUUUUUUGAAAAUUUUGUUACCAUUUUCCCUUAGAACUGAGGUUUUUUAAUUUAAAACAAACUCUCAAUUCGCGUUCUUUAGGCUAACCAGACACCCGAAACUAAUGAAGUCAAAGUGCAGUUGAAAUUGACGAGUUUGUUUUACGUUUUUUUCCUGAGUUCCAUGGGGGCUGACAGUGCCCAAGGGGCGCUACAAUAAACCUAUUCUAUUCUAUUCUAAGACCACGCAUUCGGACACGUUAAACUCCAAAAGCCAUCUAUGCGACCAGGCACACAGUUUGUCGAUGUUCGACUGCAACUUCUUUGCGUCAUCACCGCGCUUAACUUCACUCUAUAUUUUUAUGUCAUCCGUGAACAUGAGAGCCUCGCAGUUCACUUUGCUGAUGCAGUCAUUAACAUUAAUCAAAUAUACGAUGCGUGUAACUUAACAGUGAAUAAUCUACUGAAUGCAGUUUUAUUCUCUCCUUAUUGAAAUGAAGCCAUUUCACGGACUGCAUUUUGUUUUCUCCUGAACCAUCCAAUAUAUGAAAACAUCAUCACCUACAUUUACUUCCUCAGCAGUUUUUUUCACUGCUAGCCCGAUGCCUGCCUAGAUUCUCGUUGACAGGGCCUGUAAACCGGCGUUCACUUCAGUUCAGUUUAUUGAGGGAAAUAAGCGCAAGUCCUUGAGUACUCUAUUGGAAACGUACGAAUGGGUGCGAUGUGCAGAGAAAUUAUCUGGAAUCAAGUAAUUCAAACGAACCAAUUAUGGUAUAAAAAGGGAGCGCUUCUCAGGGGACCAUAUCGAUCACUCAUCCCUGUUUGUCAUUUCUAAACAUAAAUAUGUCAAGAUUUUAAGUAUGUUUUUCACUCAAUGAGUUUUUAAUACUCACUUUUAUUCGUCAUAUACAAUCUCACAUACUCAUUCUCAACUCAAAAGCGAAAGUAUACCUAUUCAGUUUUCAGUUUCAGUUUAUUUCAGUUUAUUUGAUAAGGAUGAUAGGCAAAGCCUUCGAAAACCCUAUUGAUAACAUGUCAACUCGUUAGAAAUAACUGUACAGUAACAAUGAAAAUGUUCUCUAUAUACAUAGUACUUGAUUCAUUUGAGUAGCAUUGUCACAGAGAAAAAAUAUGUGGGGAACCGGGGUGUUUAGCUCAGAUUCAGACUGUCAAGAAAAAACAGGGGACACAAAUACUCAUCCAAGCGUUUCUUGAAGAGUGGCAGGGAUGUCGCCUCCACGACUGACUGAGGGAGAUCGUUCCAUUUCUCCACUACCCUUUGCGUGAAAAAUUCAGAACGAAGGUUCAGCCUGGACAUUGUUGUCCGUAGCUUCAUCGAGUGGCCACGAAGAUUGGGUGAGAGGUGCCACUGAAACAUGUCCUCAAAGUUAAGUCCAUGCUCAAGGCCAUUUAUUAUCUUGUAAACCAGGAUUAGAUCACCUCUUUGCUGCCUGUAACACAGAGGGAAUAGAUUAAGGCAAUUCAGUCUGUCCGUGUAGGAUUGGUUUUUUAGACCGUUUACCAUUUUUGUUGCCCUACGUUGCACCCGUUCGAGGCAUGCUUUGUCCUUUACAAGCCAUGGCCGCCAUGCUUGUAUGCCAUAUUCUAAGUGGGGCCGAACGAAGAUGCCGUAAACUCUCCCAAAAAGGUCUUGGUCAAAGGUAACGAACGCCCUUUUGAUUGCAUGCAGCACUCCCAUUGCGUUUUUUGCAGCCUUGUGGCACUGCAAUGUUGGUUUCAGAUUGUUCUGUAUCCAAACCCCGAGAUCCUUCUGUGACGAUUCUGCGGGGAGUCUUAUAUCUUUCAGAUGAUAUGUCCUCAGGCUCUGAUUUGAAUGAGAGUUAGUUGGACGCAGAUGGAGGACGGCACACUUCUGCACAUUGAAGUCUAGAAGCCAUUUCUCCGACCACGCUUGCAGUCGAUGAAGAUUUUUUUGGAGGGAUCUCUGGUCGUUAGGACUCUUAAUGACUUGCCAGAGCUUAACGUCGUCAGCAAACAUUAUUUUGCCACAAUCGAGUUCCUGAAGGCUGUCAUUAACAUAAAGGAGGAAUAGCAAUGGUCCCAGAACUGAGCCUUGAGGCACACCACUGGUCACGCUCACCCAUUCUGACAUAUCAUCACCGAUGCAAACACGUUGUUUCCGACCAACCAGGAACGCCCCUAUCCAGUUCAGAAGAUCUCCCCGGAUGCCGAUGGCGCUCAAUUUGUGAAGAAGGCGUUGGUGCGGGACAGUAUCGAAGGCUUUGCGAAAAUCGAUGUACACGACAUCAACUUCAAAACCCUCUUCUAGGGCCCUGGUCCAGAUCUCCAGACAAGCUAGCAGAUUUGAGAGGCAAGAACGUCCUCUACUACUACUACUACUACUACUACUACUACUAUUACUACUACUACUAUUACUACCACUACUACUACUACUAUUACUACUACUACUACUACUACUACUACUACUUCUACUACUACUACUACUACUACUACUACUACUGCUACUACUACUACUACUACCACCACCACCACCGCCGCCGCCGUUGA